AUGAGUGAAAUGGACUUUAGCAGUUUUGAUAAGAUACUGCUAGAGCUAGCAUCUUUAGUCUUUCAGAAUGAGCAAGAAUCUCAGAAUAAGAGAAAUAGCAAAGAACUCAUCCAACGCUAUGAUGCUAAAAUUAUGCAUGAAAAACAACAAAUUCUGGCCUUAAAAAAGGAUAUAAGCUUAAGUGAUGAAAUUAUUUUGGAUUUACAAAAAUAUAAUAGAAACAGUGAUAGCCUUGUCACGUGCAUAUCAAUGUCUGCAGCGUUAGAAAGAGAAGAAGAAUUACUUCAAAUCCAGUUGGAAAAUGCAAUAAAUACAUCUGAAAGUGAUAAAAAAACCUACCAAGAUUCCAUAAAGAAAUGUAAUGAGAGACUAAAGCAACAUGAAGAAAAAUAUAUGGAGUUCACAUGUGCUAAGAAAUACCAUAUGAUAAAAGAGGAGUAUGACAAUAUUUUGAACCUGAUCCUUAAAUAUGACGAACAGCAGAAGAGGAAGGACAAGAUAAUUCUUGAUAUUUUGGAGCCGGCAUCAUUUGCAUCCUACAUUGACUGGAGUUUGAGGCUUGCAACUCUAAGAAAAAACACAGAGAAAACCAUUCAUCAUAUUUCUCAAAAGUCACAUACAACAUCUGAAAUGGUGCAGAAAAUCAAGGAACUUGAACGGAAGAUAAAGUAUAUUGAAGAGCAUACCAAAGAAAUAUCUGAAAAAGAAAAUGAUAUAGGAAGAAAAGAAAGCAACAAAGAUCUCACAACUGAAUUUCAACAAGCGAAUCUGAAUGAAGAAGCAAGACUGAAGCAAUCAAAAGAAAAGAAAUCACACUUGUUACACCUUCCAGACUUGCUUCAAAAGUUCAUGCAACCACCUAGAGAGAAUAGGGUAUCCUUGCACAUCAGUGAAACAGAAACAGACAACAUUGGAAAUGUUGAUGACCCCCAAAAUAGCAACAGCAUUGUUUCAAACCAAGACCUGCGUGUGGAGAAUGAAAUUCAGGAGCCACUCAUUAAUAACGGAAGUGAAGGCUUUACUCCACCAACAACAAAUUUGCAACAUCAAAGUCAGCUAAGGGAGAUAUCCAUUGCCAGAACUGAUGUCACCAGAGACAAAACUGUUCCCAUAGAAAACUAUUGUAUCAGACUAGACAUUAGUUUUCUUCUGGCUCUUUUGUAUUACGACACAGGCAAAAAGGCCAAAGGGCCAGGACCGAUUCAAAAGCAAAUCCAUUCAAAGAACAUGGCUGUCAAAGAAACAGACGAAAUCAGAAGACAACAGUUCACUGAAGUCCCAGAUACAUCAAGAGAUUCAGGUUAUGUCUCUCAGGGAAACUCUGUAAGUUACGAAGACAUGGAAAGUAAAGCUGACGGAGAAACGUCACCAAAUGAAGUAUUUGCUUUGCCGAGGAUUCCUUCACCAUUCACCGUACCAGACCCUCCGCCUAUUUCAACACAUACAUCCAUUAGGAAAGGUCAACGUAACAAAGGAAAGAAAAGCCAGAACAUCACCAAAUAUUCAAUGGAUUUAUUCUCCCGAUCCACAGAACAGACGGAAGCAUCUCCUUGUUUAAGUCUUUUUAAGACGUCCACACCUAAAACCCCUAAUCUUUGCAGUUUUGAGUCAUUUUCGACAGUAGUAUUUGCAGACCAGCAAGACAGCUUUACUGCAGCAGAUAUCAAUCCAGCAUCACCUGCAAAAGACAUUGGAAAUCUGUUCCAAAAAAUGGAAGGAGAUGAUGAUUUUCCGUUUUUAUUUACUUCAAAAUCUUCACAAGCCUCAGACGAUGACAAAGAUGACUUCGGCUUCAUGUUACCAUUUGGACAGGAUGCAAAAAGCCCCAUGGAGUUGGAAUCUGCUCAAAACAAAACUAAAUUUACUUUCUUCUAG